UCUGUGACACUGGAAAAGGUCCAGGAGGAAACGACAUAAAACCCGACUCUUCAAGCUCUUAGGAUGUGGCAAAAGGUUCCAAGAAGGGAGCAGGAGCUGAGGUGUCAGCUAAGGGAGACAUUUAAGAAUCCAAUGGAUUUCCUAUCAAAGUUGAAGAGGUGGAUCUCAAAAUUCUGCAUUAAAAAUCCAAUUCUGUAUGUUGGGAUGAAGGAUAUCAAAGCAAAUGUCACGCUGCAUCCAGACACAGCCCGUCAAUGGCUCCUCCUGUAUGAGGAUCAGAGCAAUGUCAUUUACAGAGACAAAUAUCUAUUGGUGCCCAAUAAUCCUGAGAGAUUCAACUAUUGGCAUUGUGUGUUGGGACAUCAGGGAUUCACAGCAGGCAGACAUUUCUGGGAGGUCGCAGUGGAAAGUGCAGAAGGGUGGGUUUUAAUGGUCGCCAGCAAGUGUGAGUGGAGAAGGGGCUGCUUCAAGGUAAGGCGUGAGGGAAGGAUCUGGUGUGUGAGGAUGGAGGAGGAUGAGUACGAGGUCUCCAACUGCCGUCGUUACUCUCCUCUGUCCCUGAGUGAGAAGCCCAGGAGGAUCCGGGUGACUCUGGACUAUGAAGGAGGAUGUUUGUCUUUCUCUGAUGCUUACUCAGGAACCGAACUCUACACGUUCUCAGAAGACUCAUUCUAUGGAGAGACCCUCCUCCCUUUCAUUUGGCUGUGGGGAAAAGCCCCCCUCAGCAUCUCCUGGGGAGACUAAAUCUGCCUCACAAGCCCGGUUGAAGUUUCUCUCCACACCAGAAUGACUGAGAUGAAAACAUUUGCCAGUUUUGACCUCUUUGCAGAGACCUUUCGAGAGGAGUCACAAUCAGCAGAAAUAAGAAAAGGAAAGAAACCCGGGAUUCUCUCUUUCUUUCCUUUUUCCAGAAUUUCAGCCUCCACUAACUUUGACCCGCAUGUCAUUGCUCACCUACACCAACUGUUAAAAUACACACAUAUUCCUAGAAAAUAGAACUGCCGCUCUGGUUGCGGAUUUUUGGGGUGCGAACAGCACCCCAGAACGGAUCAUGUCCGCAACCAGAGGUACCGCUGUGUCUCUGAAUUCAGCGAAGCCUUUGACUAAUUGAUCCUCAGGGUCCCUUCCAACUCUGUGUUCCUAUGAUCUAAUUGUUUUUGGGAUUGCUUCAUAAAUCUUUUGUAUUAACAAUUGGAUUCUCUAUAUCAGGGGUAGCCGAUAUGGUGUCCUGGAUGAUGUCGGACUACAACUCCCAUCAGCCCCUACCAGCAUGGUCAGGAGUCAGAGAUGAUGGGAGUUGUAGUCCAGCAACAUGGCAAUGUGUGCCCUAUAUAAGUCACAUGGAGACUUCGCUGUGGUCCCCACCUCAGUUGUGGGAUACACCACUAAUGAGUGUUUUUUUCAGAAUCGGCAGGAUCUCCCCCAACCCCUGGCUUUUAGUAACUGGUUUGAUAUACAGUGGUACCUCUGGUUACGAACUUAAUUUGUUCCGAGGUCUGUUCUUAACCUGAAACUGUUCUUAACCUGAAGCACCACUUUAG